AUGGAUCCAAAUGGAUCUGCCAUGCACAAGAGCAUCGCCUGUAAUAUCCCAGAAACUGACCACAGUAACCCAGUAUCCCAUCCUCCCUGUCAGCAGCUUACCCUGUUGCGCAGAGACUGUCUGUCCGCCACCCCGGGGCUGAACCACCCGCCACUGCCACUGCCGCCAGGGUACCCCCCAGCCCCCAACUACCCCACUUUCCUGCCCGAGCAGCUGCCUCCCAGCACGCUCCAGUACCAAGAGCUGAUGCCACCAGGGAGCUGCCUGCCAGAGGAGACCAAGCCCAAGAGGGGACGCCGGUCGUGGCCUCGGAAAAGGACGGCCACACACACAUGUGACUACGCGGGCUGUGGCAAAACCUACACCAAGAGCUCUCAUCUCAAGGCGCAUUUGAGAACCCACACAGGUGAGAAGCCUUAUCACUGUGAUUGGGAAGGCUGUGGAUGGAAAUUUGCCCGGUCCGAUGAACUUACGCGUCAUUACAGAAAGCACACAGGCCACCGCCCUUUCCAGUGCCAGCGGUGUGACAGAGCAUUUUCCAGGUCGGACCACCUCGCCUUACAUAUGAAGAGGCACUUUUAAUUGGAAGCAGUGGAUCUUUCCCAAACUGCCGUAGAGAUUUCAGUAUUUACAGCACAAGGACUGUCUUCCGCAAGAAGGGGGAACGCAGUUUAAGCACUACAGAGAAUCAUGGUGAAGUCUUCCAAAGAGUGGAAAUAGGGAUAAUUGCAUAUGAACAUUGGAACUUUUUAAAUAUAAACUAAAAAAAAGCAUUGGGGUCAAUGACUGGAUCUUCUAUCAUUCCAUCUGUAAAUCCAACUUGAAUUAUUUCUGGACUACAAAAUGCCGAGGAGUGACUGGAAGUCACGGAUAUCAGGGUUAAACAGACUGUGUAGGAGGGAGGGUGGGGAUAUUACACAGGGAAAUAACAUUCCCUUAAAUUUUCUUUCAAUGCAAUAGUAGAUGUAAAUGUCAUCUUGUAUUUUACUUUUUUCCUUCUGAAAGCCAUUACCAUGUUAAAAAAGGAGGAAAUUCAGGUACAGAACUAUGUAUUUAAAGCCUAUUUCAUGGUGCUUAGUGACUGUUGGUUCUAGAGGUACCAAAAACAGGAAGCCAAAGUUCUCAAGCUGCUGCAUAUCUGACAAGGAAAUAUUUUU